GACUGUGGACGCUGCGCUGUGCCUCAUCCUGAUCCCACUCGAGAAGAACCAGACUUUGGUCUUUAUUUAGAUUUGUUUCCCCGACUCUCUCCCUGGACUCGUCCCGUAUCGAACCAUGGCUUCCUCGGAUGUCGCCCGGCAGCCGGAGAAAGCACUCCGACCCCUGUCCCUGGAUGGCCAUGUGGGUUUUGACAGCCUUCCAGAUCAGCUUGUCAACAAGUCCAUCUGCCAGGGCUUCUGCUUCAAUAUCCUCUGCAUCGGUGAGACCGGUAUUGGAAAGUCCACUCUAAUGGACACUCUAUUCAAUACCAACUUUGAGAACUUUGAGUCGUCCCACUUUGAGCCUCAGGUGAAGCUGAGGGCUCAGACCUACGACCUGCAGGAGAGUAAUGUCAGACUGCGCCUCACUGUGGUCAACAGCGUGGGCUUCGGAGACCAGAUGAACAAGCAAGAGAGCUAUCAGCCGGUGGUGGACUACAUCGACAAACAGUUUGAGAGCUAUCUGCAGGAGGAGCUAAAGAUCAAGCGCUCUCUGCACAACUACCAUGACUCGCGAGUCCAUGCCUGCCUUUACUUCAUCUCCCCCUCAGGUCAUUCCCUCAAAUCCCUGGACCUGGUCACAAUGAAGAAAUUAGACAGCAAGGUGAACAUCAUCCCUGUCAUCGCCAAAGCCGACACCAUCAGCAAGAGCGAGCUGCACAAGUUCAAGAUUAAAAUCAUGAGUGAGCUGGUGAGCAACGGCGUCCAGAUCUACCAGUUCCCUCUGGAUGAUGAGACCGUGGCCAAAGUCAACACUACGAUGAAUGGUCAUUUGCCAUUUGCUGUUGUCGGCAGCACAGAGGAAGUCAGCGUUGGCAAUAAGAUGGUGAAGGCUCGUCAGUAUCCCUGGGGUGUCGUACAAGUGGAAAACGAGAAUCACUGCGACUUUGUGAAGCUGAGGGAGAUGCUGAUCUGUGUCAACAUGGAGGACCUCAGAGAACAGACACACACUCGACACUACGAGCUCUACAGACGCUGCAAACUGGAGGAAAUGGGCUUUAAAGACACAGACCCAGAGUGCAAACCUGUCAGUUUGCAGCAGACCUACGAGGCCAAGCGACAGGAGUUCCUGGUGGAGCUGCAGAGGAGAGAGGAUGAAAUGAGGCAGAUGUUUGUGCAGCGGGUGAAGGAGAAGGAGGGCGAGCUGAAGGAGGCGGAGAGAGAUCUUCAGAGCCGCUUUGAGCAGCUGAAGCGCCUCCACGCAGAUGAGAAAGCCUCCCUGGAGGAGAAGAAGAGACACCUCGAUGACGACCAGAGCUCCUUCAGUAAGAGACGAGCUGCCGCUCACCUCCUGCAGGCCCAGAGUCUCACUGUCAACGGCAAGAAGGACAAGGACCGCAAGAAUUCCGGCUUCAUGUGAAGACUCUCAAGUACACUCCACUACGACCAGUAUAACCAGUGGCGUUCUUCCCACAUCCUUUCCAGCCCUUUGAGGCCAGUCUCUAACACUAACCAGGGAAACCCCACACAAACCAGCAGUGUGUGAGUUUGAUUUUGUGCCAAAGUAUAUUGACUGUAGCCAAGAAUCCAAUGUACACUUUACUCAACGGUAUUUGUAAUCCUCUUUGUGUGUGUUAUUCCUCUUUUUGGAAUAUUUUAUAUUUAUCCAUUUUUAUAUAAACAUUUAUUUCCCAUAUACCUCCUUUUUUUUGCCCAGACUGAGUGACAGCUCAGUGGAUUGAUCCUCACGCAGCCUCCUCACUAGACGAUGUACACAGUUCACAAGAGAUUAAUAGGUACAAAUAAUACAGUCUGAGGGACCUCAUCACUUACAAUUGAUCUACGUGAUCUAAAGACUUAUUUUGUUUUGUUAUGCACCAAACUAGUCUUGUGACUUUUCUAAUACGAGCGUUUGUAACAUGCGUAUAAUUUAUUCAAGAGCCCUUUUCAGACAUUCACCGCAUCCGGUAAAUUUAAGUUUUACAUGUUAGUCUCAAAGUCUGAAUACCUUAAGUUUCCUUUUUCAAAAAGUAAGUUGCAGUGGCAGUUUUUCUGUAACAAAACCAGUUGCAGGAUUAAUGUAAAAGCUAAAACAGGAGAGGAUAAAAAUCCUUUUGUUUAUAAUGCUCAGUGAAAAUAAAAUCUAUCGGAAUUUGCCAAAUACUGUGAAUGAGAGCUUACUGAUGUCAAUUCAGCAACUUUUCAGCCGGUAAUGUAAUGUAUUGUUAUUUAUCUUCCUACGUAUGUUAUUCAGUCAGGACUAUUUCUUUCAUCAUGACUACAACUAGCAUUUCAUGCUUUGGGAAUUUUGACUGACUUGUUGCACACAAAAAAGAGAGCAGAGGAGAAAUCUAAGUGCAGAUGCUUAAUAUGUGCACAGGAGCAGCGUGAGCACGAGGAGAAAAGCUGAAGCUGAAACUGUCGACUGCCUUAGUCUUAGAUGUGUCAAUCAAAGUAUAUUGAGGAUAUAUUUACCUCCAUUCAGAACAUUUGUUUCAAUUCAGAUUUCCACCUCCUCCUCUAUCCACCAUCAGGUGGCAAUCUAAAGUUGUCUUAGUCAACCAGAAGGGAAAGAUAAGAUGGUAAUUAUUUAAUAGCUUUAGUAAGACUCCAAUCAAUAGCAUCCACCAUCAACAAUUACAAUUACACGAUUACCAUUAUCCACCAUUUGAAUGGUAAUCAAGUGCAUAAUUGCAAAUGUAUUAAGCUACACUUUUUUUGACAAGUAAGCCAAUCAGUGUAAUUACAACAUGUUUUGAGAAUCACCAUGAAACCAGAGGGUGAUAAUACAUCAAAGCCUGAUCACAAAUGACAAGCAUGGGUAUAUCAAAGUUAUUACCUGCUAUCCACUGUCCCUGUGACUGGAAAACGUACGGAAGAAAAAAGAAUCAGGAAAACAACAAUGUGUAUGUUCACACUGUGAAUAUUAUUCAACUGCAAAACUAGAAAAAGCUUCUUGUAUUUCCAUGUAAUCCCAGUGCUGCUACUGCACUGGGAUUGAAUAUACAAUGAGCAUCUGCAGGCAAAUUGUAGAUCUACUGUGCGAUAAAACAGAUUAGUAGCUGAAUCCUGCAACGUUGCACGUUAAUUGUCUGAAAAGGGCUGAAGUCGUAUCCGUGACGAUUACUGAAGCUUUAUUUAGUGCAUUCAUUCCUGAACAGUUGUCAUAAACAUGGUCACAGGGCAUUAUAAUUACCUUCCCUUCUUCUGUAUAUUGUUUUUACGCCUCGUUGAUGCUCUGUAAGCUUUUUAAUAUGUGCACACCAGCAUCACAGAAAGCUGCAGGAGUCACUGAUUCUCCUGUGGCUGUUCCAAAGGGAAAGAUUUACUUAGUGUUGAACUUCUCCCAUCCAGUCACAGGUCUUUUAGGAGGUAGCACAAGUUACAACAUAUUUAUAUUUUUCUAUACAUAUAUCUCGUUUUACUUGCUCUCUUUACUGUUUCUGCUGACACAAACAGUUGGAAGUUUGCAAACCAGUCUGUCUAAAAAGAGCUGACUUGUGGGGAAAAAGAAGACAUAUCAAGCCAGUGUUUCCUGAGGGAGUUUAGGAAGAGCGGGAGGAAGCAUUUGCGACUUUAUUUUAAGCUUGUUUUUUUAUAUUCACGUGUCUGUGGAGUCACGAUUAGACAGGGUUUCACACCUCGCAGCCUUUUUUACUGUACAGAGGGAGCCAGGACACCGGUGCUGGUUUCCAGUACGGAUGUGAUUUCUGAACACUUAACUCACAAACACUGCCACUUUAUAUUCACACUAGUGCUUGAGAUGUGUUAGUGCCUUACCUGUGUGAAAUGACUUAGAAUUACACAUAUCCACUUCGACAUCCAGGGGAACACACCGAUUCCUGAUGGAGUAAAGUUUGUUUCACAGAUCUACUACACUUGUAUUUAAGGAAUAAACAGUGUUAUUUGGGAGCUUUUUUUUUCCUUCUUGCUGAAUAAAUCUUUGUAUUUUUGUCAUGACA